AUCUAAUUAUCUCAUAGCUAGACAAAGCAAGAGCCUGUAGGCUGUACACUGCUCCUCUCCUUUCAAUGGCUUCCAAAAUGCUUGCAUAUGUGCUUUCAACCUUCCUUUUCCUUCUCCAACUCCACUUCUCCGCCGGACAAUCCGUCGUCAAAGCCGCAUACUGGACUCCCCGCAACGAAUUCCCGGUGUCCAGCAUAGACUCAACCCUUUUCACCCAUCUCUUCUGUGCCUUCGCCGAUCUCAACCCCAGCACCUACCAAGUCACCAUUUCUUCCUCAAACUCUGCCCAAUUCUCGACCUUCACACAAACCGUUCAACAAAAGAACCCUUCUGUUAAAACCCUUUUGUCCAUUGGUGGAGGAGGAGAGUCUAAAGCUUCGACCUUUGCUUCAAUGGCUACCCAACCCAGUACCCGUAAAUCAUUCAUAGAUUCCUCCAUAAAGCUAGCGAGGGCUAACAACUUCCAUGGCCUUGACCUCGAUUGGGAGUACCCCUCCACGAAGGAGGAAAUGACAAAUUUUGGUUCACUCCUCAACGAAUGGCGAGCCGCCGUCGCUGCCGAGUCCAAGAGCAGCGGCAAGGCGCCGUUGCUUCUAUCCGCCGCAGUCUUUUACUCCUCUGACUAUUACUCGUUGAUUUAUCCCAUUCAGGCAAUAUCAAACACCUUGGACUGGCUCAACGUAAUGGCCUAUGACUUAUAUACCCCUUUUGCGAAAAACUCACCGACUAAGACCGGACCGCCGGCUGCAUUGUACAAUCCGACAAGCAAAGUUAGCGGCAACGCCGGCGUUAGAGCUUGGAUUCAGUCAGGCGUGGCAGCCAAGAAAUUAGUCCUCGGACUUCCAUUUUAUGGCCAUGGAUGGCGUCUGGUAAAUGCUAAUAACCAUGGAAUAUUUGCACCGGCGAAUGGAGCCGCCUCAGAUGAGUUGGGAUACGGCGGAAUCAAGGAUUUCAUAACCCAGAAUAGUGCCACGACGGUGUACAAUUCCACCAUUGUUACAGACUAUUGCUAUGCCGGGACGACAUGGAUUGGAUAUGAUGACACGCAGAGCAUCUCUACUAAGGUUACCUACGCUAAGGGAAAGGGAUUGCUCGGUUACUUUGCGUGGCAUGUGGGCGCCGACAAAAAUUUUGCUCUUUCUCAGACAGCUUCGCGGGCAUGGGGAGCGUAGAGAUUGAAUGAAGAAGCUUAUUAUUAAUAAAUAAUAUUGUAUAAGGCCAAUAUAUAGUCAGAUAUGUUAUGUCAUAUGUAUAAUAAGGCCUGGUCGUAUUUAAGGAUGAUGUUUCCUACUUCCAAUGAGAGGGAGAUUUUAGCCUUUUGAUGUUUAAUUCUGUCUCUGAACCGGAAACAAAACAUCCGAGAGCUAACAAAUUGAAGUGAAUAAGGGAGACUAGAAUUCUCGUAUAAUAUGAGGAGCUUUGAGGAAGAUUUAGAUAGUGAAGAGGAACUAUAGAAGAAAGAGUGAGUGAGAAUAAAAGGUCUUUGGAGGUUGUAUUA